ACGAGUCUGCCACGCGCUGCUGUGCACUACUGAAUCCUCUCCAUCCACGUGUCAUCCAUCCAACGGCUUUCAGUCCUCUCAUGUCCGGUUUUUCAUCAUCUACUAUAUCAGCUUCCCUCUUUCUCCUCUCUGUAGCUCAUCUUUCAUGUUCCUUCGAUUUUGUUUCUAUCAAUAAUUGUUCAUUUUCUCUCGUUAUUCCAUCAAUUUCUCUGUUAAGUUUCUGUAUACAUAAUCAUGCUUCUCAAAGUGGCACCUGCGUUUGCCUUGUUGAACACCCAUGGUGAAAAUUUGAGUCCGAUGUUACCAAUUUCUUCACAUGGAUCUGUUUUGAAGAAUUUUUCAGCAAAAAGCGGAAAUGGGUUGGUAGUAUGUGCUUCAAAGGGUUCGAGCAACAAACCCUUAACGGGUGUUGUUUUCGAGCCCUUUGAAGAGGUGAAGAAAGAGCUUAUGCUUGUACCUACUGUUCCUCAAGUUUCUCUUGCUAGAUACAAGUAUUCUGAUCAAUCUGAAGCUGCUAUUAAUGAACAGAUCAAUGUGGAAUACAAUGUUUCAUAUGUUUACCAUGCGAUGUAUGCCUAUUUCGACAGAGACAAUAUUGCUUUCAAGGGACUUUCCAAGUUUUUCAAGGAAUCCAGUGAAGAGGAAAGGGAACAUGCUGAGAAAUUCAUGGAGUAUCAGAACAAGCGUGGUGGGAAAGUGAAGCUGCAGUCUAUUUUGAUGCCAUUAUCUGAGUUUGAUCAUGCUGAGAAGGGGGAUGCAUUGUAUGCAAUGGAGCUUGCACUUUCUUUGGAGAAGUUGACAAAUGAGAAGCUCUUAAACUUGCAUGCUGUAGCCACACAAAACAAUGAUGUGCAGUUGGUUGAUUUUAUUGAAAACGAGUACUUGCAAGAACAGGUGGAAGCAAUCAAGAAGAUCUCGGAAUAUGUGGCUCAGCUGAGAAGAGUGGGCAAAGGACAUGGUGUCUGGCACUUUGAUCAAAUGCUCCUGCACGAGGAGGAAGCUCUUGCAUGAUGGACAAGAUAGGCCUUCAACUUUCCACGAGUACACACUGCCCUUUCGGGGAAUGUUGUUUGGGUAUAUUUUGGUAUUAGCCUUUCCUAUGAGAUAAUAAUAAGGUGUUUUAGAAGGUAGAAAGUUCCGGAGUUGUACAUAGACCAAAUAGAUGUAGUUAUCUGUGCUACUUAUUACUCUUUUAAGUACCCUCCUGGUGUUCAAAUCAGUUUAAUUUCCCGUAUGGUUUGCUAGUAGUAGCUUGGAACUGAAGGUGGUGCCCCACUGACGUCAAAUGUAAAGUGAACUUGUUAGUUUUGUUUUUCGUUGGGUGUUGGCUCACUUGUUUUAACAUCCGGUGCUGGUUGCAAGAUUGCUGGAAAGUAAGGAUGUGUUUGUCACUGUGAAAAAUGUGUUUGAAAUUUGUAUUUUCAACUUUGCUAUCA